CUUGAAGGCUUAUUACAAGAAAGCAAUUACAAAAAACACGAGACAAUUUUCACAAUUACAAAAAAACCAUGUCAACUUUAGGAGAAAACUAGUUCAAUAUUACAUAAAGUUCUUAUAAUAAAAUUGUCAUUAUCACAAUAAAAUUAUCCUGUAAUUACAAGAACUAUUUCAUCAUUAUUAUAACUAAUGAAAUUAUGUAUUAAUUUUUCUGCCAAUCUGCUGUUCCAUCUCCAGUACAGUAAGUGGCGGUAAUGACCCUAUAAGCUGGUUUGCCAACCGCCAUUAAAACUCUAAGAAGAAGAAGGAUCGUUCAUCCUCCGGUCCAGCUGGUGGCGCUGAACCACCGAUAAACCGGGUCUCUAACCGCGGAAGUCUGGAGCAACUUUUAGUUUAACUGGUCUGAUUAUCUCCUGUUUGAAGAUGGAUGUAACCAACAUGUAAUGUAGAACAAGAGCUGUCAGCCUCCAUUCACUGCAGAAACACAUGUUCAGAUCAGAGCUCAAACUUGUUCAGCUUCUAAAGAAGUGAAACUCAGACUUGUGUUGCCACUGAGAGCUGAAAUGGAGCAGAAAGGAGUUCAGCUGGACAGAGAAACCUUUUCUUGUUCGAUCUGUCUGGAUCUACUGAAGGAUCCGGUGACUAUUCCCUGUGGACACAGCUACUGCAUGAACUGUAUUAAAACACACUGGGAGGGAGAGGAUCAGAGGAAGAUCUACAGCUGCCCUCAGUGCAGACAGACCUUCACACCGAGGCCUGUCUUGGUGAAAAACACCAUGUUAGCAGAUUUAGUGGAGCAGCUGAAGAAGACUGGACUCCAAGCUGCUCCUGCUGAUCACUGCUAUGCUGGACCUGAAGAUGUGGCCUGUGAUGUCUGCACUGGUAGGAAGCGGAAAGCCCUCAAGUCCUGUUUGACUUGUCCGGCUUCUUACUGUGAGAAUCACCUCCAGCCUCAUUAUGAUGCAGCUCCAUUAAAGAAACACAAGCUGGUCGACCCCUCGGAGAAGCUCCAGGAGAACAUCUGCUCUCGUCAUGAUGAGGUGAUGAAGAUGUUCUGCCGUACUGAUCAGCAGAGUAUCUGUUAUCUCUGCCCUGUGGAUGAACAUAAAGGCCACGACACAGUCUCAGCUGCAGUAGAAAGGACUGAGAGGCAGAGAGAGCUCGAGGUGAGUCGACAAAACAUCCAGCAGAGAAUCCAGGACAGAGAGAAAGAUGUGAAGCUGCUUCAACAGGAGGUGGAGGCCGUCAGUCGCUCUGCUGAUAAAGCAGUGGAGGACAGUGAGAAGAUCUUCACUGAGCUGAUCCGUCUCAUCCAGAAAAGAAGCUCUGAUGUGAAGCAGCAGAUCAGAUCCCAGCAGAAAACUGAAGUGAGUCGAGUCAAAGAGCUUCAGGAGAAGUUGGAGCAGGAGAUCACUGAGCUGAAGAGGAAAGACGCUGAACUGAAGCAGUUCUCACACACAGAGGAUCACAACCAGUUUCUACACAACUACCCCUCACUGUCACAACUCAGUGCAUCUACAAACUCAUCCAGCAUCAAUAUCGGUCCUCUGAGAUACUUUGAGGAUGUGACAGCAGCUGUGUCAGAGCUCAGAGAUAAACUACAGGACAUCCUGAUGGAGAAAUGGACAAACAUCUCACUGACAGUGACGGAAAUGGACGUUUUACUGUCACAACCAGAACCCAAGACCAGAACUGAGUUCUUAAAAUAUUCAUGUGAAAUCACUCUGGAUCCAAACACAGCAAACACACUGCUGUUAUUAUCUGAGGGGAACAGAAAAGCAGAACUAAUGAGACAACUACAGUCUUAUUCUAGUCACCCAGACAGAUUCACUGGAUGUUAUCAGGUCCUGAGUAGAGAGAGUCUGACUGGACGUUGUUACUGGGAGGUGGAGUGGAGAGGGGAAGGAGUUGAAGUAGCCGUCACAUACAAGAAUAUCAGCAGAGACGGAGGCUCGUGUGAAUGUGGAUUUGGAGGCAAUGACAAAUCCUGGAUGUUAUGUUGUGACACUGACAGUUACGAGUCUUGGUUCAACAGUAUCAGAACUCUCGUCUCAGGUCCUGGUUCCUCCAGAAUAGGAGUGUAUCUGGAUCACAGAGCAGGUAUUCUGUCCUUCUACAGCGUCUCUGAAACCAUGACUCUCCUCCACAGAGUCCAGACCACAUUCACUCAGCCUCUCUAUGCUGGACUUGGGCUUAAUUUUUAUAGAGACACAGCUGAGUUCUGUAAACUCAAAUAGACAGAAGUCAUUUCAGACUUCAUGUGUCAGAUUCUGUUGUAAUUUUUCAUG